UAUAAACCCGGACUAUCCGUGUUAAUCCCUUCCAUCAUACAUAAGUUUAUUAUCAAACGUCAAUAGGUAUUGGAUUCGAUCAAAUAAAUUAACGUAUAUGUUAGUUCCAUUCAAUAUGGACCCAGCUGAGUUACGUCGUGUUUUUCAUAUGUUUGAUCGCAAUGGUGAUGGCAAGAUUACAAAACAAGAACUAGCAAAAUCUCUCGAAAAUCUUGGGAUUUAUAUCCCGGAUGAUGACCUUGCACAAAUGAUCGAGAAAAUUGAUGUGAACAAGGACGGAUUUGUGGACAUGGAGGAAUUCGGUGAGCUUUACCAAACAAUAUUAGGAGAGAGGGAUGAGGAAGAGGAUAUGAGAGAGGCGUUCAACGUGUUUGAUCAAAAUAGAGACGGGUUUAUCACCGUUGAGGAAUUGAGGUCAGUAUUGAGCUCACUCGGGCUAAGACAAGGCCGGUCAAUCGAGGAGUGUAGGCUCAUGAUCAAAAGGGUGGAUGAAGAUGGUGAUGGAAUGGUUAACUACAAAGAGUUUAAACAAAUGAUGAAAGCUGGUGGUUUUGCUGGUUUGGAAACUUAAUUGAAUAUUUU